GUGCUGGUAUGCUGUCACUCCAGCCAACCGAUCGAGUGCGUAAUGCUGAGCCAAUGUCGUGCGAUUUGCUGCUCAAUCCUGAAGUAGCGCGUGGUGUUUAGGGAAAUAAAAGAAUAUUCAGCUGGUCACGCGGGAGGAUGAACUGGAAUUCCGCUGUUUGGCUCUCUCCACCUUGGGGUUGAUAUCUCUUCAAAUCUCAAGCAUGUCUCCAGUCUACUCACCCCCCAAAUACACCACCGGCUCCACCCUCUUAAGUCCAUACAGUUCCUAUGACCCCUACGAUCCCACCCUGGGAUAUGUUGUCAGAGGUCAACCUCAGCUUUCCAGGUAUGCUCCUUCCACUUCCCGCUACCUGAACCCCAGCCCUUGCCUCUCCCGAGGUGUCCUGUUCUUUCCCCAGGAGCCUGAACGUGGGCGAGCUGCCCCCCAUUCAGAGCCCCACAUUGGCCGCCGGAGUGAGAGCUACAGUAGGAUGCUGGUUAAAGGUCAGUUUCCCAGAAUUAAUGGGGCAAGGGGCCGUUCGCCUUCAAGGACUGGAUAUACCUGCACGUCUCCCCAAUCGAGGCAGCGCAGGUCGGUCAGUCAGUCAGACCUGAUGCGGGAGCUGGCCACACUGGAGAUCUGUGACCAAGGAGCAGUGGAGAGAGGAGUGUACACAGUCAAAGAGAGCACGAUCAGGGGACGGACAGAUUACUCAGGGCCUCUCUACUGGAGAUCAGAGAACUCAAAGAAUGCCCAGGGUCUGGUGGGCCUCAGGAAUCUAGGAAAUACUUGUUUCAUGAACUCCAUUCUGCAGUGUCUGAGCAACACUCGUGACCUGAGGGACUACUGUCUGCGUAACACACACCGCACUGACCUCAACAACAACUGCAGGGCCAAAGCUGCACUGAUGGAAGAGUUUGCCAAGCUCACUCAGAGUCUUUGGACAUCAGCUAGCAGUGAGGCCAUCAGCCCUUCUGACUUCAAAAUGCAGAUUCAGAAAUAUGCCCCCCGAUUUGUUGGUUACAAUCAGCAGGAUGCUCAGGAGUUCCUUCGGUUUCUGCUGGAUGGGCUUCAUAAUGAAGUAAACCGAGUGACAGUGAAACCCAGAUCGCCCAUGGAGGACUUCGAUCACCUCUCGGAUGACGUAAAAGGGAAGAGAAUGUGGAACAAGUAUCUGGAGAGUGAGGACAGCAAAGUAGUUGAUCUGUUUGUUGGUCAGCUGAAAAGUUCUCUGACUUGCAGUGAGUGUGGCUUCUGCUCAACUGUGUUUGAUCCAUUCUGGGAUCUGUCCCUGCCUAUCGCUAAGACUUCAGGAGAAGUAAAUUUGAUGGAUUGCCUCCGACUUUUCACCAAGGAAGAUGUACUAGAUGGGAAUGAGAGACCAACAUGCCACAGAUGUAAAACCAGAAGGAAAUGCACAAAAAAAUUCAUCAUUCAGAAAUUUCCGAAAAUCUUGGUGCUUCAUCUGAAGCGUUUCUCUGAGUGUCGAGUCCGAACCAGCAAACUCUCCACCUUUGUAAACUUCCCCCUCAAAGAGCUGGACCUCAGGGAAUUUGCCUCUGAUAACAGUGUAAAUGCAGUCUAUAAUCUGUAUGCUGUGUCCAAUCAUACUGGUACAUCUUUGGGUGGCCAUUACACAGCGUAUUGCCGCAAUCCCUGCAUAGGAGAAUGGUACACAUACAACGACUCCCGAGUGAGCCCCAUGUCAUCCAGCCAGGUGCGAAGCAGCGACGCAUAUGUGCUGUUCUAUGAAUCUGUGGCCUCUUCACGCAUGUGAUUUAAGAAUGAAAUGAACAAGCCUUGAAUUAAAUCAACACUUUUGCUGCCGUUGAACUAAAUCUUGGUCAGAGUCUACAUGCUUGGAGGACGAUGGGACUUUAUCCCGGGCCAAACACAUACCGGAACUGAAUUAUGGUCUUGGCCUACGAAUUGGAAUGAAGCCUGGGAUGAAAGUUUAAUCCAAGCCCAGACUGAGCUUCACAGUAAGGGCUUCUCCGUCUAUCACUCCCCUUGAGAGAAGCUGCUGCUGUGGGGAUGGAUUUAACAAACUGAAAUGGACAGAGACAGACAGCGAAACAUGAACUACUACCUCUCUAGAAUGAGCAGGACUGUGUGUGUGUGUGUGUGUGUGUGUGUGUGUGUGCGUGUGUGCGAGUCAGUCUCCAGGCUGAUACUGUAGGACUCUAUGCACUGUGUAACUGGAGCCAUCCGGCUCUACAGACAUUCACCACAACUCAAACAAUCCCCAUCCCCUAUUUAAUUUAUUAACAUGAGUUCAAUGUUUUACUUAAUUUCAAGCUAAUUACUACUAAUUUAAACAAGAGGUCAUCUUGCUGAGGGACCAUGUAGGUCAACUGUGUAAAUGAUGCUUGGAUUGUUCUGUGGAUUGUUUACUAUUUCGAACAGAUACAUUCCUUCAAGAUAUGUCUCUGCUUUGCUUGAUUUGCUCAAUUUCAACAGAAUAUGCACAUGGGAAGGGCUUAGUUUUACGCUAAUGCAUGACUGUGCCUCUUCAAAAAACCCUCACCAUUACAGAGAAGAUUGUAUGUCUGCCUCCUGGUGGCCGGGAGUUGUUAAACCCAGAAGAAAACAAUGGACCGUUUUACACAGACCAGAAUAGUGCAUUUCCAGAUUUUAACAUCAUCUAGUAAAGUUUGUUUUGUCAUUUCUUUUACUUUGUGUUAUAUUACCUUGGUAGACUAGGUAACACUGCUGUGAGGAUGUUUCUAAUAUAAUGACCUUCCCCUCUUCUGACAUAAUCAAUCUCAAUAUUAUUUCCUCUUUAGGAAAGUCAUAGAAAUUCUACCAUGGAUUAUUUCCUUUGCUGUUGGAGCAAAUGGGAACAUGCAAAAAAUAUGUAUUUGUUGUAUUUUCCAUUCACCGCUAUGGAAGCAUAAAAAACUAAGGCUUUUGAAAUGUGAAUGAGGUCCCUCUCCAGGAGAAUAUAAAGUAUUCUCUGUUAAGGCAUUUGUGGACUACAAUAUUCAAUUUAAUUUGGGGAUGAGUUUUCAUCAAAUAAGAAGCCACCAGGAGGGUGUAUCUUUGAAUGUGUGUGUGUGUGUGUGUGUGUGUGUGUGUGUGUGCGCGCUUUUAUGUAUUAUUUCUCUAUUUAAGAUGUGAAUGGGGUGAAUGUAGCUUGUCAUUGACAAGCAGACAAUUUUUUUUUUCUACAGAGAGAUUUUCAAUGAGUUUUAAUUUUGUGUCAGAAAUGUGACUGUAGAGUACUGCAAAUUGAGAGCUCUUGGCUUUUUAACAGAAGUAAAUAUGAAUAAAAGCAAAUGUCUACAGAAGUAA